GCUGGAUGCUGCAGGCUGUGUCCGCAGCUGCUGGGGUGGCAGGGACAGCUCUGACCCUCUCAGGGGCUCUGGGUCCAUGCGCCCCGCUGCCUGUCUCUGCUGCUAGACCUGCUUCACUGCUGUCUCCGGUGUGGAAGUCACCCUGUCUCUUUUGGUUCAGGCCUUGAGCUGCUUGGAGUCCCAGCUGGAGUAACCAUGACCCGUUGGACGUCCCUCAAGGCCUCCAGGCCACACAAACCCACCCCCAGCAAUCUGGCAGCCUCCUGCCGGCAUCAGUGUACCCCGACCCUGGCACCUCCCCUUGGAGGGUCCAGGAGUGUGGGGCUGAGCUGUCUCCCUGGCACAGGGAGUCCUUGGGGUCCCCACCACCGCCGGCUCCCUGCUUCCUGGCCCAGACAGAAGCAGCAUCCGCCAUUCCAGCCUCCGGCCUCAGCUCCUCCAGUCCAUGGAGCUGUCCUACCUGGAGCCGGCCUGGGGGCGAGAAGCCAGGGCUGCCCUAUCCCCGGGAUGACCGCAGCCAGCCGGGCCAACCCCUACAGCAUUGUGUCAUCAGAGGAGGACGGGCUGCACCUGGUCACCAUGUCGGGCGCCAAUGGCUUUGGCAAUGGCAAAGUUCACACACGGCGCAGGGGCCGAAACCGCUUCGUCAAGAAGAACGGCCAGUGCAACAUCGAGUUUGCCAACAUGGAUGAGAAGUCGCAGCGCUACCUGGCUGACAUGUUCACCACCUGUGUGGACAUCCGCUGGCGCUACAUGCUGCUCAUCUUCUCGCUGGCCUUCCUCGCCUCCUGGCUGCUGUUCGGCGUCAUCUUCUGGGUUAUCGCUGUGGCCCAUGGUGACCUGGAGCCAGCCGAGGACCGUGGCCGUACACCCUGUGUGUUGCAGGUGCAUGGCUUCAUGGCAGCCUUCCUGUUCUCCAUUGAAACGCAGACUACCAUCGGCUACGGGCUGCGCUGUGUGACAGAGGAGUGUCCGGUGGCCGUCUUCAUGGUGGUGGCACAGUCCAUUGUGGGCUGCAUCAUUGACUCCUUCAUGAUUGGCGCCAUCAUGGCCAAGAUGGCGCGGCCCAAGAAGCGGGCACAGACGCUGCUGUUCAGCCAUAAUGCGGUCGUAGCGCUGCGCGACGGCAAGCUCUGCCUCAUGUGGCGCGUGGGCAACCUGCGCAAGAGCCACAUUGUGGAGGCCCAUGUACGGGCCCAGCUCAUCAAGCCGAGGGUCACGGAGGAGGGCGAAUACAUCCCGCUGGACCAGAUCGACAUUGAUGUGGGCUUCGACAAGGGCCUUGACCGCAUCUUCCUGGUGUCGCCCAUCACCAUCCUGCAUGAGAUUGACGAGGCCAGUCCGCUAUUUGGCAUCAGCCGGCAGGACCUGGAGACAGAUGACUUUGAGAUCGUGGUCAUCCUGGAGGGGAUGGUAGAGGCCACGGCCAUGACCACACAAGCCCGAAGUUCCUACCUGGCCAAUGAGAUCUUGUGGGGUCACCGCUUUGAGCCUGUCCUCUUUGAGGAGAAGAACCAGUACAAGAUAGAUUACGCACACUUCCACAAAACCUAUGAGGUGCCCUCCACUCCCCGCUGCAGUGCCAGGGACCUGGUGGAGAACAAGUUCCUGCUGCCCAGUGCCAACUCCUUUUGCUAUGAGAACGAGCUGGCCUUCGUGAGCCGUGACGAGGAGGACGAAGCCGAUGAAGACCAAGAAGGCAGCAGCCCUCAAGCUCGGCAUGACUUUGAUAGACCCCAGGCUGGCGGCAGUGCCCUUGAGCAGCGGCCCUACAGACGGGAGUCAGAGAUCUGACCUGCUGUUAGCCACGGUGCUGCAUCUGCCCAGCCAGGGAGAGGCCCGCAUCCCCGAGGGCCCAGGGCUGGGGUAGAAUGGACCAGGCACUCUGGUUGCAGACUCAGUAGUGUUUUAGAUGCUUUAUGUAUCUUCACGAUGGGCCCAGACGGUGGGCGGGAGAGUGGGUGGCUGGUGCUGGCAACCCCCAGCUCAGAGGCCCAAGCAGGCCCAGGGGCCAGGAGGUGGCCUCCCUGGGGUUGGACCUUCUGCCCGAGGAAAGGGCAGCCACCAGCCCAGAAAUGGCUCUACCGCUGGCCACCCAGCCUCGGGGGAAGGCUGGCAGGCUGCAGGGAACCCUGUUGCUUUGUAACUUGAGGAGAAACAAUGGGUUUUGGCUUUCUCAAUCUUAGCUUGAGUAAGACUGUUUACAAAAAAAAAAUUCACAUGCGAUUAAAAAUUUUUUUAAUUUGUGAGAGUACAAAAAA